GCAGACUUAUCGCAGCCUUAUUCAAGCUGGUGUCUAUUCUGAAUUUUCUGUUGCAUUUUUCUUGCCCGGCAAAAUGAAAGUGGUGAGCAGUUCGUGUUCCCUUAAGCGGCAGGGUUGCAAUGAAGACAUGGUGCGGUGUCUGUCGGAGCAGAGCAUCUCUAUCGCCAAGUGCAAGAUGCCCCCGUUGCUGGACGAGCAGAUGACCAUGUUCCUGUACGACAUGAACGGCUGCUAUAGCAAGCUGAAGGAGCUGGUGCCAACGUUGCCCCAGAACAAAAAGGUCAGCAAGGUGGAGAUCCUCCAGCAUGUCAUAGACUACAUCUGGGACCUGCAGCUGGAGUUGGACGAUCAGUCGGGUAUGGCCACCGGGAGCACAACCGCGUCCCGAACCCCACUCAACGCCGAUGUCACUGUCAUCACAACAGAGGCUCCCUGUGUUAGCGAUGACCGCAUUCUGUGUCGCUGAGCGAACCGACUUGAGUAUUCAGAUGUGAAGUAUUAGAUGAUCUGGCGAUGGACAACAGUGUGUCCUCCCGCAGCCCCCAGGAGGGGUAUUAAGAGGAGAACAUGCGAGGAAAAAGACAAUUCUAUCAUGUUUUGGGACUCGUGUGUCAUUUGAUUGGCACGCAGGGGGUCCGACACUUUGUUGCCAGCCUCCGGGACUCUGGGUCCUCUGAUUUUAAGUCUCCAUCCCGUCCCGUCCAGGUGACUCGGCAGCCGGGAAGAAGAGUUUUAGUUCUCCUGGCAUCAGAUUUAACGGCAGUUAGUCGGCCGCGCCAUCCCGAUGCGUGGGUCCACUCCUGAUGACAACAUCACAUCGCAGGCUGUUAAAACAUUUGUUGGGAGUCUAGAAUUACGUGAUUGUAACAUCCUUAGGGAUCUAUGGGUGAUUAAGUUGUAAAUCUUAUACUUUGUAAGUGUGUAUUGAAAUGUUUACAACAAUGUUGUACUAAAUCGUUUUUUAAAAUACUAUUGAUCUUUUUCAAAUGUUACUGAAAUAAAACUAGUGAAAUUGUA